AUGUCAAUUGGAACAACUGUACCAGCUAUUGAAGGUCUUGAAUUUCUUAAGGGAGAGCCAAUCACCAUUGGAAAACCUGACUCGAGUCCUGUGGUAAUUGUUGAAUUUUGGGCAACUUGGUGCCCACCUUGUAGGAAUUCUAUCCCACAUUUAUCCGAAAUUCAAAAUAAAUAUAAAAAGGCUAUAAUUGUUGGAAUAACAAGUGAAAAAGAUAAGAUAUCGUCAGUGAAAACCUUUAUUGAUGAUAUGGGCGACAAGAUGAAUUAUAGAGUGGCAGUAGAUGUUGAAGGAUCGGCCAGAACUAAUAUUUUUGUUCCAAGCGGGCAAAAAGGAAUACCAACUGCUUUCAUUUUAGUUAAAAACCAAAUAAUUUGGGUUGGACAUCCAAUGACUGCAGAAUUUGAGCAAGAAAUACAAAAUGCAAUUGAUCAAGCUUAUAGAAGUGAAUAG